ACAUAGCACAUCGCAAACGAGCUUGUCAAAUCGCGUCUCGCGCCGUAGACGUUUGCUCGUGCGGCGGCGAUCCGCUCGCGCUUUGGACUUGUGUUUGUGUCGAAAAAUAUGCCUUUUAUUUCUAAAGACUGGCGUUCACCUGGCGAGGAAUGGGUCAAAACACAGGAAGGAUGGGAAAAGAAGAAAGUACUAGAGUGCACAGCGCAGAGAUAUCCCGCUAUUUCUAACUAUAAUAACCCCGCUGACCAGCCAAAGUCAUGGAGCCAGGAAGGUGACGAAGGCGAGAAAGGUGAUUCCGUGGCCAGAGUACCCCCGCACUGUCAUAUCACUAUCAAAUGUACUAGAGAGAUUGCAGGUUUCAACGGCCUCUCCGAAGCCGUUCGCCGCCUAGACUUCUCUUCAGCUGUGCGCGAUGUCCGUCGAUUCAAUUAUAUCUGCGCGUUACUAGAACUGUUGCUGGGCGGUCAGCGACUGACGCACUUACCUGGUGCGGCGCAGAAGUUACUGCUUUCUAUGCUGGAACAACUUGCGGACCAAGUGGCCACAUCGAAGCAGAACCUGAACGCCCUCCGCGCGCUCCUGGUGGCGCUCGGAGCGCUGCGCGAGGCGGAGCGCCGCGCGUGCUGGGGGCGGCCGCUCGGCUCGCGCGCGCUGUGGGGGCACCACGACCACGCCAUCGCCAGGAUACACCACAUCGCCGACAGCAUCCGGAUACAGGAGCCGGGACCAGAGGUAGUGCCUAAGCUUCACGAUUUGCCCGAGGAGUGCAUCAGGGAGAUACUACUGAGGAUAGCGGACCACAGGGAUUUAGAUGCGGCGUCAUCAGCAUGGAACGUGAUGGCCUCCGUAUGUUCGGAGCAACGCACGUGGCGUGAACUGGUUGCAUUUCACUUCACGCGGCCGCAGAUCGAGACCGUCACCAAGGAUAAGGAAGAUGUUGACUGGAAAUCUGUGUUCCAUCAGCUGAGAAAGUUGUAUGGGCUGAGGCAAGACGCGCAGUACGCGGAGACGUUGUCGCUGUGUCGGCACUGCAAGUGCCUGUUCUGGCGCUCGCUGGGACACCCUUGCAUCGCUGAUCAGUGCCCGGAGUACCGCGAGCGCGUGCGCGAGGCGGGCGGGCCGCUGCCGCCGCACCCCGUGCCGCCCGCCGCCUUCCUCAAGUUCUUCUCGCUGUGAACACGUCAAGUACUGCUUAUAUUUUAACUGUGGUUCCGCGGUUAGGUACUGUCUCAUGUGUCAUUGAGCGUCCGAGACAAUCUACUGUAAAUAGUAUACUUCCUGUGCUUGUCUAAGCUGGUUUACUGCAGCUACUUUGCCUGUCAACGGACGUUCAAGUUGAGGCACUAUAGCUAUUUCAAUCGUGACACAGAUCGUCGAUCUACUGUAUCUACUCUACCCGUGUGACUGUAGCCACUUCAUUCAUCUGUGUUACCGGAUUACCGAGUUGGUCUACUACAUGUAUUAUAUUUGUAACAUCAUAUAUUCGUGUUGGUUUUCUAACUGUCUUUAUGUAGAUUUAACCGCCAGGCAAACGCCAUUGUGGCGUACACAAAGCACUAUAGCUUAGCUUUACAAGCAAUGUACUGCAGCUAAUUUACUUGUGACUCAUACUGAAGUCCAGAUUUUUUUAUAAUAAUAAAAAUUUCAUUCAUAAUUAUUUUUGUCAAAAAUUUAUAUAAAUAUCGGAAUGACUAUUCCCUCAGUAAGGAUGCACCUUUAUAAUAUAUAUUUUUUCAUCAUAAAAUAUGUGAAAUAUAUACACAAUUGUGCUGAUCUUAAUACCUACAUUAAGAUUUAGUUCAUCAAAAAUAAUAAGCAGAAACAAUGAGAUAAAAUGUCAAUGGAAAAUUCCUUAUGAUAUUUGCGGCAUGUAUUAUUAGUUGUCUGUGAAAUACGAUUUAAGCCGUGUUUUCAUAUCCCAGAUGUUUUUAUUAUAUAGGAGGCAGACGACGCCUGAUGGUAAGCGAUUACUGUCGCCCAUGGACACCUGCAACACAAGGGGGUUGCAAGUCCGGUGCUGGCCUUUAAAAUGGGAAUACUUUUCUUGAAGGCUUGAAGGUUCACAGUGGUCAAUAGUUAAUUUUACAGUUUAGCUGUGCGAGGCAGGAAUUUAGUGUAAAAUGGAUAAUGAACUGUCAUUUUAGUAUAUGGGAUAUAUACAAAAAGUUAAUAACACAGUAUAAUCAUGAUCCAGUACAUGAACUCACUCUAAUAACGAUUACAAAUAUCGAAAAGCGACUGAUAAACGAUCUCGGGCUUAUUUAAGGCCUACACAUACGUUUACAUUACCUAAAAUUUAAGUGUACAGUUUUUAGAAGUAAAGUAAGGACGCUAAGCACGAAGAAUUUCGUACAUUGACCCGGGAUUUUCUAUCUCUAUCGCACGUGCGAAAUUAUAUUGCUGUCCCACUCAUGAUGCCGGCGGAUAAUGACAAUGUGCGAGCGGGACAGCGAUAUAAUUAUGCGUGCGCAAUAGAGAUAGAAAAUAGCGUGUCAAAUAAAUUCUUCGUGCUUAGCGACCUUAUUUUAGCUAGGCGGGUAAAGUGCUCAAAAUUAUCUACACGCAACUUUAAUAUUAAGGGAAUAACCGUAUGAAGAUAAUUUUGAACACAUCACCCGUUUAGUUAUUUCUGCUGCUGACUUCUCUAAUCGUAGAUGAAACCGGCUAAAAAUGUAUCCAAGCGAAAUAAUCUGAUAUUCAAAAUGUGUUCUAUUUUAAAAACUAUCGUUAAGUUUUAAAUUAAUACUAAAUUUAUGGUCUAAGGAUGGGACAUUUCAGUAAUGUGUAGUUAUCGAUAAAAUUAGUUACUACAUUUAAAUUCUUUACUGUAAUGUUACAAAUUUAAAAUGUAUUGAGCUUGUUAUUAUCUAUUAAAAUGAGAUUCUACAGUUGACAUAUGAGUUUUUCAGGUAUAUCUAUUGAAAAGUCAGAAGAAAAUUUUGUUGUAACCAUCUGUCAGUUACCCCCAAAUCUAUCACUCAUUCUUCAGGAUCAUUAAGUUGACAUUAAUAUCUUUGUAACAAAAAAGACAAAGAAUUUUAUAUUAUUUAUGUAUUAACUCAUGCCGUCAUAAAAGAUAUAUGCAUUAUAUAAUCCAUAUAAUGUAUAUAAAUUAGUAGGUAAAUAAAGACCUCAUUUAGACAUCAAAAUUGUUAACUUAUGUGGUUGUUACUAAAUUAAAGUCCAGUGAAUUCGAAUGAAAACCAUUGCGCUGCCAGUAUAUUUAAUCUAAUAAUCUAAGUAACCAGCUUUUAGAUAACAUUCAAGAUGAUGUUGUCCUUCCAAUUCGUCCAAUAGUAUCACUACGUUUAUUUUUGUACGAAUAUAUUUUGUUUGAAAGAACUAUCAGGACAUUUUCUCUCCUGCUUAACCAGCGCAGUGAUAAUAGUUAAACAUGUUACAAAAAUACAGAAAUUUUAUGUAAAAUUAACACUGUUCGUAUGGACAGGUAUAUGUCAAAUAACUAACCAUGCUCAUAGCUAUCGAUAUCGACUUUUAAUUUUAUCGACUAUUAAUCCAAAUGUAGACGUGUGUACGCUUGAGUGAAUAUAAUUUGAUUAUGAAGUACCAAUUUUUUGGUUUUCGCAUAUACUAAUGCUUGUUUUAAUUUAAUGCUUUAAGAACUUAAUGUGAUAUCACCAAAUUUUUUUGUUACUUAUAUCGGAAGUUUGUGUUUUGUUAUAUUUAUAUUAUGUUUAUUUAUAAGCGAAGCAGCUUGGCAAUUUAAAUAAUUUUGCGUAAUAUUGGGUUCCUUUUGUUAGUUAAAUAGGAUAAUAUACUUACACUAUAUUUGUGUCUUAUGUAUAGAACAUAAAAGUAUUAAAACGUAGGGUAAUGUCCCUACGUAAGAUGCAUUCUGUUUUGUGAUACCAUAAAAUAUGGAUAUAUAUAGUCUGGACUUGAUUGCGUGACUUUGAAAAACGUAAGACAGAAGUGUAUACUGUCACGAUUGGUCGACCAAACUUAAAAUAUGAGGAAUAUUAUUGAAAUACUUAAAUUUGUCUGUGCGUUAACUAUGUAUGUAUAUCCAAGUUUUGUGGUAAAAUAAUAUAUAGACAUGGCAUUUAAGGGGACAAGAUUAAAUUAUCAAUACUACAUGGGAAAAGUAUCGAUAAAUAAGUUUAUCGAUUAAGGAACUCCUUAGGUACCUGUAAUUUAAUUUUGCCUCUUAAAACCCGAUGUCUGAUAAUAUAUCACAAUUAGUUUUUAGAACUCGCUGAACUAACCCAUCUAGGUUAAAAAAAUCAAUAUUUUGUUACAUAAUCGUAUGAAAUGCAUUGUAGUUUAAGGACAUUGUAAAUUUCCAAUUUCUCUACUAAAAUGCGUCCGGUGAAUAUGAAACUUUUGUACAUUGACCUGUGUGAGCGCGACGGAAAUAUAAAUUGUACGUGUGUGAUGGAGACAAGUAUUGUCAGGUCAAUGUACGUUAUUAAUCCUGUUCAGCGGUGGGUUUUUAAGAGUGGAAGCAAUUUAGAUCCAUUUAUAACAAGCGGUUUAAAUAUCUAUGACAAACAACUUAUAAUAGUGUAAACAUUAAUUUGAACUUAAGUCACUUACUCUAAAGUACAGGAAUUAAUGAGCAGACCUCGUAAUUUUGGGGGCGAAAUUCCGAUUUCUAGUUAAGGAGAGAAAUAUCGAUAAUUGAGUUUUAUCGACAUUGGAACUCCUUAACUAUCUUUAAGUUUUGCCCUCAAAACUCCGACGUUUGUUAAUGAGCUAUUAAAUUUGUUUAGGCCUAACUGUUUGUUGAUCUGUCUGUCCGUCGAGAAAUCAGAACUCAUUUAAAACUUAAGUCUGAGGUACACACUCGUCGUACCGUGUAGAGUAGCUGUUGAUAUUGUGAUAUGUAAGGAUAAAAUUAUUAGUUUUAAGGUAGUUUUCGCAUUGGAAUCCGCACGCCUCUUCGGUGUGCGAGCGAGAUAUCACCAUACAUGUGUAGCGCUGUCUCGCUCCCACACCGGAGCGACGUGGAGAUCUGCAUCAGUGUGAGGACAUUAGUCCCAUUACUAACAACCCAAGGUUCAUUGAUGUACUGAAUGUGUAGUCUAAGGAAAAUUCGUGCUUCGAAUUUGACGGGUAAUGUAGAGACGGUUCCAUGGGCGUAGGCAGGUACAGGCAGGGGGAGGGGGGGGGGGGU